AUGGCCGCCCUCAGCGCGCAGAGCUUCACGCCGGCCGAGGAGACGGAAAUCCAGAAAUGGGUCGCCAACUCGGAGAGCAUCCGCUCCGGCGCCGACGGUGACAACGCGGGCCACCUCGACGCCCUCAACGCCCACCUCGCCACGCGCACCACCGUCCUCGGCAGCAAGCCCUCCAAGGCCGACGUCUCGCUGUACGAGACACUCGCCCCGGUCGUCGCCGCCUGGUCCGCCGACGAGCGCACCGGCGAGCAGGGCCGCCCCAACAUUGUCCGCCACCUCGACUUUGUCCAGAACUCGCCCGUCUUUGAGCUCGCCGUCGAGGGCAAGGUCGCCGUCGACCAGGACGACGUCCGCUACGUCAAGCCCGUCGUCGACGCCAAGGCCGAAAAAGAGCGCCUCAAGAAGGAAAAGGCCACCGCGGCUGCCGCCACCGCUGGUGGUGCCGGCGCCGCUGGUGGCGUGGCUGCCACCACCACCGACAUUGUCGACCGCACAAAGGAAAAGGUCAAGGAGCUCGCUGCCGACGCCAAGGAGGCCGUCACAGGCGACAACAAGAAGCAGCAGAAGAAGGAAAAGAAGGAAAAGGCGCCCAAGCAGCCCAAGCCCCAGCCGGCCGCCGCCCCCCUCAGCCCGUGCCUGAUUGACCUCCGCGUCGGCCACAUCCUCAAGGCCAUCAACCACCCCGACGCCGACUCGCUUUACGUCUCGACCAUUGCCAUGGGCGACAAGCCCAACGACGACACGACCGAGUACGAGGGCCAGGUGUGCCGCACCGUGUGCUCGGGCCUCAACGGGCUCAUCCCCCUCGCCGAGAUGCAGGGCCGCAAGGUCGUCGUCGUCUGCAACCUUAAGCCCGUCAAGAUGCGCGGCGUCAAGUCGUGCGCCAUGGUCCUCGCCGCCUCGCCACGCAUCAAGGAGGGCGAAGUCGACGACCACAAGGGUCCCGUCGAGCUCGUCGCCCCGCCCGCCGACUCCAAGGCCGGCGAUCGCGUCUUCUUCGAGGGCUGGAGGGGCGAGCCCGAGGGCGUCCUCAACCCCAAGAAGAAGAUCUGGGAGAUGUUCCAGCCCGGCUUCACCACCACCGACUCGCUCGACGUCGUCUUUGACGCCGGAGCUGUCGAGGCCCUCGGCAAGACGGACCUGGGCAAGCUCGUCACCGAAACAGGCGGUGUCUGCACUGUGCAGACUCUCAAGGGCGCUACCGUCAGGUAA